GUGGUUCGAACUUGCCCCGACGCAAGAAACAAUAUUUGAGAGCCGAAAAGGAAAAUUGAGGGAGGGAAAGAAAAUAAAAGAAAAGAAUCCCAAAUUUUCAGGAGGUUUGCCGCCGGCCGGGAUGAUCACAGUGGCGGGUAUGCUUUAAAAGCUCUCGCUAUUAAAUUCUACUUUGUUUCUGACAGAAUCCGAAGCCAAAAACUAAAACACAGUGACAACCAAAGGGAAUGGACGACGAUGGCAUUCUAGAGAUAGAGAGGCACCAGAUGGAGCAGAUUCGAGAGCUCGAUCUCGAGGAACUCCAGGUCGAAGAGGUCGAUGACCUCUACGGCUCAUCCGACGAUGACCUUGUCACCACUGAUCGUGGUUAUGGCGGUGCUGCCAUGUCUGGCGAAAUUACAUUUAACACCUGUUUGGCUUCAUUACAUACGUAUCUUGGUGAGGUUGAAGACACUCAUCGUCGGAUGGCAUUUUUGGAAGGUGGUGCCAUUUUGAACCUCCCACUGUUCUAUCUUGAAGGAGUUGUUCUGUUCCCAGAGGCCACCCUUCCUCUAAGAGUUAUCCAGCCAGUUUUUAUAGCUGCCGUUGAGAAAGCAUUGACCCAGGUUGAUGCUCCUUAUACAAUUGGUGUGGUCCAUGUUCAUAGGGAUCCUGCUAACGGGAGGAUAAGGUUCGCAACCAUUGGGACAACAGCAGAGAUUCGGCAAUACCGUCGGUUAGAGGAUGGUUCUCUGAAUGUGGUUACUCGUGGGCAGCAGAGAUUUCGUUUAAGGAAACGUUGGAUUGAUGUGGAAGCAGUGCCAUGCGGGGAGGUCCAAAUUAUCCAGGAGGAUCAACCAUUAAGGACACCACGUGAUGCAUUUGGAAAAUUGACUCCAUUUAGUAAUCUUCGGAGCCAUGUAGCCUCACGUACACUGCCUUUACAUGCUUCUCAUGCUAAAUUGCAUCAAUCUAGAGAUGAGGAAAAUGUUUCAGACUCAAACUCCGAAGGAAGCUUUGAGAGUGCACUCUCCCCUGUAGAAAGGACAAUCCACCAUUCUGCAGUUUAUUCUUCUAAUGGGUGUGAUAUAAUGGAUGAAUCAACUAGUAGUGAUGAUGACAAGUUCUUGUGUGGGUCAGACCUACAAUUUAGAAGGCCUUCCCUGAAUGACUCUGAGUCCAUGGGAUCAUUGCAUGCAGACCACAAGAAGCAAAUAGGAAUUGCUGAGUUGGGAUUGGGAAAUAGCUCAACUUCAGGAAGGCAAUCUUGCAAAAGAGAAGAGCCAGACCAUUGUUGGGAAAAAACAGACUUCAACAACGUUCGCAGAGCUCCAAGAGCAUUCUGGCCCUACUGGGUUUACCGUAUGUAUGACUCCUAUAGCCUUGCUGAAAGGGCUGCAGAUAUGUGGAAAAGGAUAGUUGGGGCACCCAGCAUGGAUGGCCUUGUUCGGAAACCCGAUAUUUUGUCAUUUCAUAUUGCCAGUAAAAUCCCUGUUUCUGAAUUUACAAGGCAGGAGCUCCUAGAGAUUGAUGGAAUUUCAUAUAGAUUGCGCCGUGAAAUUGAGUUACUUGAGAGUGUCAAUCUUAUUCAGUGUAAAAACUGUCAGACUGUAAUUGCAAGGCGGAGUGAUAUGCUGGUCAUGUCCAGUGAAGGUCCUCUUGGUGCUUAUGUGAACCCUCACGGUUAUGUGCAUGAAAUAAUGACACUCUACAGAGCAAAUGGCUUAGCGCAAAGGGGGCGACCGCAUUUAGAAUACAGCUGGUUUCCUGAGUAUGCAUGGACGAUCACCAACUGUGCCACUUGUGAAACCCAAAUGGGUUGGCUAUUCACUGCCACAAAUAAGAAGUUGAAGCCAAGAUUGUUUUGGAUUAGGAGUUCUCAAGUUGCUGAUGACAUGCAGUAACAGUGAAAUGUUGAGGUGCUUCUCUGAAUUUUCUAGUCACUUUUUUUUUUCCCCCUUUAUAAGAGAACAAAUUUUCCAGUCA